AUGAAUUCUAGAGAAGAAAAGCACUGCGCAUUUCUCCAAAAGAGACAACAAUUCACUGGCCAUAGGAGCAGCGACCUUCUGAUUUUACAGGUCGAAUCAGAGAAUGUUGCAGUUUCUAUUACGCUCCGCCGUGGGGCUUUUGGCCUUUUGGGCGUUCGGGAGGCUUGCGCUAGUAUUGUGCAGCUGAAACGAAGUAUCUUGGCGCACGGACCUUUUCGUUUGUCUACGCUGUCUAAGAAGUAG